UUUGAGCCAGAUGAUUACUUUUUUUUUCGGAGGGAGGAGGGAGGACUGUAACAUUGAAUCAGUUACAGGUCGCUUAGCUGGAGCGCAGUUGUGCGGACGGUCGCGGAUGCGAACAGAGGGUCGCACAUAUGCUCUCACAGCGCAGGACCUCUGAGGAUUACAGCCGCUGUAAAGGACCCUUACUGCGCCUUUUGGAGCGAACAAUUCACUGUGGAUAUACUUACACGAAAGGAAUAUAAAGAGGGGGUUACUAAAAGGCUAGAACAUCCAUAGUCAUGGAUGGGGUAAAGACGUAUGUUGUCUUUGGGGGUAUCCUGGUGGUGCUGGUUUCAGUUACCUUUGGACUGUUGCCGCCUACCAUUGUGUCCAAUGAAGAAGAGUUCACCCUGCAGCCCAAUUCCGUGUUCAACAUUAGCUGUACCGGUAAAAGAAACGUCGUUUGGGCUGAACCCCUGCCGAAAAACACCUUCGUGUACCCAGGAUACUACACGGCGACGCUUUUCAUUUACAACGCAACUGUAGAAAACACCGGCUAUUACAUGUGUACCUAUGAAAGCCCGGAGGGUGACCUGGAGGUUGAACCGGAGGAAGACAAUGAGGCGGGAAUAUAUGUCUUUGUCCCAGAUCCCCAGGCUCCAUUUGUCCCAGAGACCCCUGACAACUUGGUAGUCCCCAUGGACACACCUGGGGUCCUCAUCUCCUGCCGUGUGUCUGACCCCUACUCCCACGUCAUCCUGAGGAGUGUCCCCAGUGGAGAGGAUAUGCCUGCCUACUACGACAACAAGAUGGGCUUCUUCGGAAGCCUCUUGCCCGGGCAGUACCAGUGUGAAACCAUAGUGAACGGCCAGACCAUGAGAAGUGCCAUUUAUACUGUGGAGACUGAGGCCCCUUUGGACACAGAGGAUUUUGACGUGGAAGUAAAAGCCAGUGGGGAGACGGUGAGAGCAGGGCAGCCUUUGAAUAUCACGUGUGUUGCUCCGCCUGGACUGGGCUUUCAGCAGCAGUGGCUCCAUCCUAAAAAACAGGCUGUGGAUGCAGUUCAGAUGAAACAGACUUUUCCUGACCGGGUCAUCUACAUCCUUAGUAUCCAACAAGCCACCUCUCAGGACAGCGGCACCUACGAGUGCUCCGUCACCCAGCAUAUCAGCGGAGAGGUCCGAGUCAGCAGCGUGGCUGUCACUGUCUUUGAGGAGAAUUCCUUUGUGGCACUGGAUCACAGCGGGAUUCAAGCUACGGAGUUUGUCAGCCUUUUAGAGGAGACAGAGUUUACCAUCCUCAUUGAUGCCUACCCGGCCCCCAAAGUGACCUGGCUGAAAGACGGCACAGCCAUGCCACAGAACUACUACAUCCUCACUAAAACUAGCCACCUCGAAGGGAAUCGGUAUCAAAGCAUUCUGACAUUACGGCAGCCUCUGGAGAAAGACAACGGGAAUUAUACCAUCACGGCCCUCAGUGGCUCUAGCACGGCUCAGUUCUCCUUUACCCUCAAAGUGAAAGCCACCACCGCCAUGAUGUUCCCACCAUCCUCAGCCCCUGUGCUGCUGCCCGAGGUAGAGGAGAUGGUGGUGCCCCUCCACACUCCUUUCACCUUGACCUGUCGGGGAGAGGCAAAGCUAGCCUGGCAGACACCGCUGGAUGUGCACGAGCAAACACAGGAGGACAACAGCGGCCUGUUUGUCACCACCAUCACCGUGGACAGCGCCACUGCAAUGCACACCGGCUACUACGCAUGCUCCUACAGCCAUAAUACCACUGAGGAUAUAGAUGACAGCAGCAUCUACAUCUAUGUGCCAGACCCAGAUGUUCUCUUUGUGCCAUCACUGGUGCCUUUUGGCAACCACGUCCUGUCCGACCACGAGGAGAUGGAGAUCCAGUGUCGAGUGUCUGAUCCCAGUGCAAACGUGACCCUGGUUAACGUCGACACCCAGCAGCCGGUGCCCAGUGUUUAUGACAGCAAGAGGGGCGCUUUGGGAGUAUUCACCGCUGGAACCUACAUCUGUAAGGCUCUCAUAAACGGAGAGGAACACUACAGCGGGGAAUACAUCGUCCAUGGCUGGACAGGUGGCGCUGCGCUGCAUGUUGAGCUGACAGCCAAACGGACGGCUCUGCUGGUGGGAGACACCAUCACGGUCACCUGUCUGGCACGGGGAUCUGAGAUCCUGGAAGACCACUGGAAAUACCCUGGCAAACUGGCUAAUCGUGCUAUCAAAACAGUGCAUGAGAACAAGAGGGCUCAGGAGAUCCUUUACACCCUGACGAUCCCACAGGCCUCGACCAAAGACAGCGGCAUCUACUCUUGCUCCAUCACUGAUAUUAUUAGUAAUGAAGACCAGACAAAGGAGAUAGCUGUUCAAGUAUUUGCAACUGCGUUUAUGUCUGUCUGGCCGGAGUUCGGAGAAUAUGAAUCGGCAGAGCUGGACGAGGUCCGGGAGUUCAGAGCCAAAAUCAGCUCCUUCCCCAGAGCUCAUGUCACUUGGCUCAAAGACGGCAUCCCGCUCGGCGACGUGACGGCGGAGAUCUCCUCCAGCCUCCGGCAGCUCAGCGAGACCAGCUACAUGAGUGUUCUUACCCUGAUCCGGGCCAAGGAGGAGGACAGCGGGAACUACACCAUGCGAGUGGAGAAUGGAGACCAAAUUCGUGACGUUGGAUUAAACCUGGAAGUCAAAGUGCCUGCAGUCAUUGUGGACCUGAUGGACAUCCACCAUGGCUCAGCCACAGGCCAGUCUGUGGUGUGCAUUACCAGAGGGCAGCCCACUCCUGUGGUGGAGUGGUUCAUCUGCAAGGACAUCAAACAUUGUGCCAACGACUCGUCUGCCUGGGUGCCCCUCCCGGCCAACUCCACAGAGGUCACAAUGGACUCGCACAUCGACGAGGAAAGUAACCUGGAGAGCCAGGUCAUGUUUGGUCAUCUGGAAAGCACACUGGCGGUGCGCUGCCUGGCCAGGAACGAAAUGGCCGUCGUUAGCAGGGAGGUCAAACUGGUGUCCAAUGGCCCUCACCCAGAGCUGACUGUAGCUGCUGCUGUGCUGGUGCUCCUGGUCAUUGUCAUCAUCUCACUCAUUGUCUUGGUUAUUAUCUGGAAACAGAAACCACGGUAUGAGAUCCGCUGGAGGGUCAUAGAGUCUGUGAGCCCAGACGGCCAUGAGUAUAUCUAUGUGGAUCCCAUGCAGCUUCCCUACGACUCCAGAUGGGAGUUCCCCCGUGACAGACUUGUGCUCGGUCGUAUCCUGGGCUCUGGAGCCUUUGGGAAGGUGGUAGAAGGCACUGCCUACGGACUCAGCCGCUCCCAACCUGUCAUGAAGGUGGCAGUGAAGAUGCUGAAACCGACGGCACGCUCCAGCGAGAAACAGGCUCUGAUGUCUGAACUGAAGAUCAUGACUCAUCUUGGACCACAUCUCAACAUCGUUAACCUCCUGGGAGCAUGCACCAAGUCAGGCCCGAUCUACAUUAUCACAGAGUACUGCUUCUACGGGGACCUGGUCAACUACCUGCACAAGAACAGGGAGAACUUCCUCAGCCUGACCCCAGAGAAAAGUAAAAAAGAGCUGGAUAUCUUUGGAAUCAACCCUGCAGACGAGAGCAGCAGGAGUUAUGUGAUCCUGUCCUUCGAGAGCAAAGGAGACUACAUGGAUAUGAAGCAGGCUGACACUCAGUAUGUGCCCAUGCUGGAGAUGAGCAACCCCCAUAAGUACUCGGACAUCCAGAGGUCUAACUAUGACCACCCACCCUCUCAGAAAGAGGACGAGAUGGACGUCCUGCUGUCAGACAACAUGAACGAGGGCCUCACCACCACCGAUCUGCUCAGUUUUACCUACCAGGUGGCCAAAGGCAUGGAGUUUCUGGCUUCCAAAAAUUGUGUGCAUCGGGACCUCGCUGCCAGGAAUGUCCUCCUCUCUCAGGGCAAGAUAGUGAAGAUCUGUGACUUCGGACUGGCCCGAGACAUCAUGCACGACAACAACUAUGUCUCCAAAGGGAGCACUUUCCUGCCAGUGAAGUGGAUGGCGCCAGAGAGUAUUUUCGACAACAUGUACACCUCUCUCAGUGAUGUUUGGUCCUACGGCAUCCUGCUCUGGGAGAUUUUCUCCUUAGGUGGUACCCCAUACCCAGGCAUGGUCGUGGAUUCAAGCUUCUACAACAAGAUCAAGAGUGGAUACAGGAUGUCCAAACCGGAGCAUGCACCCCAGGACCUGUAUGAGAUGAUGAUGAAAUGCUGGAACAGCGAGCCCGAGAAGAGGCCUACUUUCCUGGGUCUGAGUGAAACUGUGUCUUCUUUGCUGCCCUCCAGCUACAAGAGGCAUUAUGAGAGGGUGAACCAUGAGUUCCUAAAGAGCGACCACCCCGCUGUGACUCGAGUGUGCGUGGAGAACGACGACGCCUACAUCGGCAUCACCUACAAGAACCAGGGCAAGCUGAAGGACCGGGAGAGCGGCUUCGACGAGCAGCGGCUGAGCUCCGAUAGCGGCUACAUCAUCCCCCUCCCCGACCUGGACCCUGUAUCUGACGACGAAUAUGGAAAGAGGAACAGACACGGCUCUCAGACGUCCGAGGAGAGCGCCAUCGAGACGGGCUCUAGCAGCUCCACUUUUGCGAAGCGCGAGGGCGAGACUCUGGAGGACAUCACGCUGCUGGACGAGAUGUGUCUAGACUGUAGUGACCUGGGGGAGGACAGCUUCCUGUGACAACUACCCAGCCUGUAGAGCAGAAGCAGCAAGGAAAACGGGGUGUAAAGGCCACCGGGAACUAGAGAAAAACUUGUAAAUCAACCAAAGACUCUGGCAGUCCAACCCUCUAGCCCCCUCCAUUCCUCCUCCUUGACCGGCCAUUCAGAGGACAGAACAAAAACCACUUCCCUGUCUGGAUGAGUCUGUGGCGACGGUACGGUACGCCCCUCGACUCCUCCCUGGACACUGCCCCCUGUUGGGCUGGAGGAGUCAGCGAGCAUUGAUGAAAACGUGACAUCAAGGACUCAAAGAACCACCGAGCCUGUGUGUCGGAGACCUAUCUCGAUAAAACAGAUAAAAAAGAAUUUGUAGAGCUUUAUUGUAUCGGGCAUUCUUUUAACAGCAAUAUAAGCAAGAAGGGACGAAUUCAAACAUGUUGGUCAGCAGCUCUAAAUGAACACCACAGGAUAUCAUUCAUAUGAUAUAUAUAUAUAUAUAUAUAUAUAUAUAUAUAUAUAUAUAUAUAUAUAUAUAUAAAACCACUACAGAUGCACAACACUACAUAGGUCCAAUACUAGCAACAGCAUUGGCAGGUAAACUCACUCCACACUCACCUGCUGCGACAGAAGCGCCUGAUGCUGGCACAAUCAGUAGCAAUAGUCACAUUUGAAAAGCACAAAACCUGGACUAUGUUUUGUGUCUAAUAAUCUAUGACCACAUACUGUUUUCAAUGGUGAAAUAUGUGCAGUAAUUCAAAGUUAUUUUUUUACUUCAUCAUUGUGUAAACAUGUAUUGUUUGUGAAUACCGAGUAGGUGUUAACCAUAUGUUUGAAUGGUUAGGAGAACACAGCUUUUGAGUUGCAUGCUUCUUUGCGGCGUCUCAUGUUUUUUUUUGCCCCAAAUACAACAUGAUGUUCUCAAACGUCAUGCCCUAAAGGCUCCAGUCAUGUGUCACGUGGGCUGUGGAAAAACAAAACGAAGUGUGAUUGUAUUGUAAAUAGCUCCAGAGUUGUUUUAUAAGAGAGAGACAUAUUGGGAUAACAGUAUUUUAUGUUAGCACAUAUUAAGCUUCUGCACCCUCAUUCGCCCCGCUGGAGCCAAUUCUUUUGAUGAAUCCAUUACAACAGAAGGAAAUAAAACUAAUUUCAUAGUGGACAGCAUUGACAAUAUUUGUGGAUUUGAAAUGUAUGAUUUAAUGUAUGUUAUAGAUAGUAAUCAAUUUAGCUACUAUAAUAAUGGGGAACAAAAAAAGGGAUCAAACCCAGUUUAUCAUGUCAGUAAUAAAAAAGAAAAAAAAAAAA